AUGGCUUCAGGAUAUGGCAUGCAUGGCGGCGUCGGCCGUUGCUUUCCUUUCUGGCAGGAGGUCAUGGCCUGCUAUGUUGUCAACACCUCGGCCUCCGACGACUCGGGCAAGAAGAAGUGCUCGCCCGUACUAGAAGACUACUACGAGUGCCUGCAUCACAAGAAGGAGCAUGCGAGAGCGCUGGCGUUGCAGGCUGCGUACGCCCGAUCUCAAUCAGCGACGGCUCGAGACGAUGCGCCGAGCGCGAGCCAGAUCCGGAACCUGGGGCUCUUGGGGAAGACGGAGGACACAAAAGCGGUGCUUGGGCAGGGGAAUUGA